CUCCAUAGAAAAGAAAAACUCUGAAUAAAGAGUUCCUUUGUUUUGUCAAGUUUGCAAUCGUAACAAAUGAAGCAAAUGUCUAUUAAUUAGAAUCAAAAUAGAAACACGCUGUGAAUGAAACAAAGCGAGGAAUGAUAAUUGUUAAAAUUGAAAAUUACGUAGUUCGCCCACCCUGAAAACGUUGAUAAGUUAAAGAUCAAACCACAUUUGAUACACAUUAGGAUUUAGGAAUGAAAAUCUACUACAAUUUUCGUUCAUGCUUAUAUUCGAUCAGAGUUUGAUAAAGUCAACGCAAAAAUUGAAAGGACAACACAAAAAAAGGAAUAAAACGGAGGGUUGAAAUCAUGAGAAAAGUUGUUAUUGUUUGUGUCAAUGGGACAAAUGACCACCUGAUGGAUAUGAUCCAGUGUAGUGACGCCUAGGCGCGAAACUUUAUAAGAUUAUUCAACUACAUAAUGAAAGUCAUGUUAAAACCACGAGAAGUUAAACUUGAAUCCUAACUUCAUUAGUAUUUUCUCUGAUAGCAUAUUUUUUAAUUUUGUAAAUAUGCAUUAAAGAUGACCUCUAAGCGAAAAUCUAAAAGGAAAGGGAGAAAAAAUGUUAAUUAUACUGAUAUGAGCUCCAAUUGUGAAAGUGAUGAUGAUUUUGAAGUUGAUUUUGAACCACAAACAAAGAAGGCGAAGCGUAAAGAGAAGGAAAUGAACAAAGAGAAGAAAGGCGAGAGAAGGCCUUCCGUCCGUGAAAAGUUGUACCAAAGAGAUAUAGAAAAGGCAAUUGAAAUGUCACUAAUAAGUACACCUUGUGACAGAAAGGAUAAUGAUGUUGGACAAAAGGAAAGCAGUCAUAUCAAAAUAAACAGUGAAGGUAUCGAUGAUGAUGCACGCGACACCAGCGAUGCACGUGACACCUGCGAUAAGAGUAGUGCUAAAGUGAACAAGAUUCAUGACAAUGAUGUCGAAAGUGAUUCCAAUGAAGAGAAAAUUGUGAACCUGAAGAACGGCAAGAAAAUGUCUGGUGGGAGUCAUAUGUUUUCCGAGUCAUCCGACUACAAAUGCACCCCUGUUGUUGGUACAAAGGAGAAAAAGUCAUCACCUAUAAAUUCUUCCAAAGAGAACUUUGAAUAUUCGAAAAAUGAAGGGAAAAUUUCCACAUUUUCUUGCGUUGGUACUAAGGAGAAAAAGUCAUCACCUAUAAAUUCUUCGAAAGAGAACGUUAAGCAUUUGAAAAAUGAAGGGAAAAUUUCCUCAUUUUCUUGCGUUGGUACAAAGGAGAAAAUGUCAUCACCUAUAAAUUCUUCUAAAGAGAGCGUUAAGCAUAUGAAAAAUGAGGGGACAAUCUCAACAUUUUCUUCACCUAAACUGUUUACAAACAAAACUAGCGGCUCUUUUUGCAUUGGCAGUGUUAAAAUUAAGAAUUCAGGUCCGCCAUUACGUGUUGGGCUAUCAAGAAACCAUAAAGUAAAACCACUGCACAAUAAAGUUACGCUUUCUCAAUAACAACUUACUUACACCAAAAUAUUUUAUCUCUGUUUUAAUAAAAUAUGUGAAAUGAGUUGUAGGUGAUUUGUAAAUAUUUCAAUGUAUAAUUGUAAUGAAACAUUGUAAUUAUACACUAAAAAAAAACUCAAAACAUGUCGUUACGGCCAAUUG